CGCCAACAUGGGGGACGAUUAUCCUACUCUGUUUCGCUCCGAGCAGAUGAGCUUGGUACAGCUCAUUGUGCCUACGGAGGUCGCUCAUGAUACCAUUGCUGAACUCGGCGAGUUGGGCAACGUGCAAUUCAAAGACCUGAACCCUGAUGUCAAUCCUUUCCAACGUUCCUACGUGGGCGAAAUUCGCCGCGUUGACGAGAUGGCCCGCCGAGUGCGCUUCUUUGCGAGUCAACUCGAGAAGGAGAAGGAACCCAUCCCCGUCCGCCCCCUGUACGACUCCGCUCCGCUCGUUACGGUUGGACCACGUGCGGCGCAGACCAUCGACGAACUCGACGUGAAGUUGGCGGAGCAUGAGUCGCGCCUGACGCAGAUGAACGAGAGCUACCAGCUCCUCAGCGAGCGUCUGCGGGAGCUGGUCGAGGCACGGCACGUCCUGCGUGAGACUGCACAGUUCUUCGACCAGGCCGCUGUCCGCGAAACUGGCGAAGUUCGGGCCUCGUUGGACGACAGCUCCGCGCCCUUGCUUCAGCACGAUGACCGCGAACAGCAGUACAGCUCUGGAGAGCUACAGUUCGAUCUCGAGUUCGUCGCGGGUACCAUUGACCGUGCACGCCUCUCCACCUUCGAGCGCGUUUUAUGGCGGGUGCUGCGCGGCAACUUGUAUAUGAACUAUAUCGACAUCCAAGAGCCGUUCGUGGAUCCUGCGACCGGCGCGGAGACGCGCAAGAACGUUUUCAUCAUCUUCGCGCAUGGUGAUAUCCUCUUAGGCAAGAUUCGCAAGGUCGCCGAGUCCAUGGGUGCGACCAUCUACCCUAUCGAUGUUAAUGCCGACAAGCGUGCGGACUCGAUGCGCGAGGUGACCGGACGUCUUGAGGACUUGCAGAUUGUUCUGUACAACACCGGGGCGAACCGUCGGACCGAGCUCAUGACGAUCGGGGAGAACAUCGCCAGCUGGGAGGACGUCGUUGGGAAGGAGAAGCUUAUCUACGAGACGCUGAACCUACUCAACUACGACGCCCGGCGGAAGACUUUGGUUGCGGAGGGUUGGUGCCCGACGAGAGACAUUCCUCAGAUUCAGCUGGCCCUGAGACAUGCCACGGAGGAAUCUGGCACGAAUGUCCCUCCCAUUCUGCAUGAGCUCCGUACCAAUCGCACGCCACCAACCUUCCACCGCACGAACAAGUUCACGGAGGGUUUCCAAACUAUCAUGGAUGCGUAUGGUGUUGCGACGUACGAGGAGGUCAAUCCUGGUCUCUUCGCCGUCAUCACCUUCCCGUUCCUGUUUGCUGUCAUGUUCGGCGACAUUGGUCACGGUUUCAUCAUCUUCAUCUCCGCUGCUCUCAUGAUCCUCUUUGAGAGAAAGCUGGCGAAGGCUGACCUUGGCGAGAUUUUCGGCACUUUCUUCUUCGGUCGCUAUAUCAUCUUACUCAUGGGAGUAUUCUCGAUUUACACCGGUUUCCUUUACAACGACAUCUUCUCGAAGUCGCUGCACCUCUUCCACUCCGGUUGGGACUUCCCGGAGGCUCACGGCAACGAGACUCUCCCGGGGGUUGCAAACGGACAUACCUACCCCUUCGGUAUCGACCCUGCCUGGCAUGGGGCUGAGAACGGGCUGCUCUUCACGAAUUCGUACAAGAUGAAGAUGUCCAUCGUCCUCGGGGUGAUUCAUAUGACCUUCGCGGUCUGCCUCCAAGUCCCCAAUCACAUCCGUUUCAGGCGCUUCUCGGACAUCUGGACGAACUUCAUCCCCCAGAUGGUCUUCCUACAGUCGAUCUUCGGCUACUUGGUCGUCUGUAUCAUCUACAAGUGGACCGUCGAUUGGUCGCAGGCCUCCACGCAGCCGCCAUCCCUGCUGAACAUGCUUAUCGGCAUGGUUCUGUCACCGGGCUCCGUCGACCCCGAUUCUCAGCUGUACCCUGGCCAGGCCACCGUUCAGGUCAUCUUGCUGCUCAUGGCAGGUGUCUGCGUGCCGUGGCUCUUGAUCUCGAAGCCGUAUCUCCAAUACCAGGAGAUGAAGAAGAUCCAAGGUCAAGGGUAUAUCGGAUUGGGCGCCGACGAUGUACCCCGGCACACGGACGACACGACUUUAGAAGGCGAAGAAGAAGGGAACGGCCAGGCCAUCGUCGAAGCGAACGACGAGGAGCAUGAGCAGCACGACUUCAGCGAGGUCGUCGUUCACCAAGUCAUCCACACCAUUGAAUUCUGCCUGGGCUGCGUCUCCCACACCGCGUCUUAUCUGCGUCUCUGGGCGCUCUCGCUCGCACACGCUCAGCUAUCCGAAGUGCUGUGGGACAUGACCUUGGCCAACGUGCUUGGGAUGUCGGGGGUUGUUGGGAUUAUCGCGCUGGCCUUCGUUGGAGUAAUGUGGCUCGUGCUGACUAUUUCGAUCCUGUGUGUCAUGGAGGGUCUUUCCGCGUUCCUGCACGCGCUGCGGCUGCACUGGGUGGAGGCCAACAGCAAGCACUACGAGGCGGGCGGAUACCAAUUCGUUCCGCUGAGCUUCGCACGGCUGAAUGAGAAGCAGUAGGGGUGAGGUGGCAAGCGGAGGAUCGGACACGGCUCGGACCCUGAGAAGCUCCAGGAGCUGUAGCAUAGUUCCGACGCCGGUGUCGGCGAUACAUGGGUGCCAAUGACCAUCGUGUUCUCGC